CGCCAGCAGCCGCCCCUUCCUCCGGGGGCCGCGGGGACGUUGCUGAGAGCCGGGAAGGUGCUGCGGGCCGGGCUGUCUCCCAGGAGCGGGCCGUGCCGCGCCGCGGCGAGCAGCGCUGCAAGCGGCGGAGAAAGAUUUCCACAGUCUUUUGAAAUGGUCGGGCUAGGAAACAGCCGUCGAGGGAUGAAAUCUCCACCUCUUCUAAUAGCUGCGCUUGUAGCUUGUAUGAUCGUUUUGGGUUUCAAUUACUGGAUUUCAAGUUCUCGCAAUGUUGCUCUACAGAGUCGGAUUCUGGAACUAGAAAGGAAAGUCCGCAGGGCGGCAGCAGAGAGAGGGGCUGUUGAACUCAAAAAGAACGAAUUCCAAGGAGAACUAGAGAAGCAGCGUGAGCAGAUUGAUAAAAUCCAGUCCCUCCACGGUUUUCAGAUGGAAAAUGUCAAUAAAGUGCACCUGGAUGAGAAGGCAGUGUUAAUGAAUAACAUAACAACAAAUGAGCGAUUUAUCCAGAAUCUAAAAGAACACUUGAUAAAGUUACAGAAGGAAUACGGAAAGCUACAACUGGAUGUGUACCAGUUUCAGAAAAACCAGACUAACCUUCAGAAGAAAUUUUCCUAUGAUAUGUCCCAGUGCAUCAGUCAGAUGAAAGAGUUAAAAGAACAAUGUGAAGAAAGAAUAGAUGAGAUCACAAAAAAAGGCAGUGAGGCACCACAGGCCAAGGAAAUCAAAGAAUUGUUGAAAAAUUCCAACAAAAACUACCAGGGUAAUAUUCAGCUGCCAACUUUUAAUCGACCAGAGCUCCAGCUGCAUGACCUGGAAGAGCAGAAAGGAGAUGAGGAGCAAGAGAAGAACAAAAUUCCUGGAAACGUAGCUCUAGAAGCAUCAAAGCCAACACCCAGUGUAAAAAAGGUACCAGAGAUUGAGUCUCAUGAAGACAAAGAAGGGACACGUGAUCUGGUUGCGGUGAACAAAGAGGAGCCUAAAACAGAAGAUGAGAAGCUUUUUGUUGAUCAAGGACCCCCACACGAUUCAGCCAAGAGUGCCAUGGAUCAUGAGGAAUUAUCUCCUGAACUAGGAAAGGAACCGAAUCCCUAUGAGGGGGUAAAUGUUCCUAAAGAAGGUGAUGCAGAAAGGGAGUCUGUCAAAAUGCAAGAACCACCUGCAGGCCAUGCUGUCAAUCAAGAAAAUGCUGCCAAUGAAGAAGUGGAGCGGGAGCACCUCUUAAAUUAUGAUGCUCAGCCGGAUGACCAGGAGCCCAAUCAGGAUGAUAAACAGGGAGCCGAAGCAGCGAACCAGAACAACAUAGCAGUUGACUACAACUUAGAUGAAAAUGAGGCUGAAUCUGAAACUGACAAGCAAGCAGCACUGACAGGCAAUGAAAAUAACUUUCAUGUAGCCCAAAAUCCUGAAGAUCCGAAUAUGAAGAACCACUUAUUUGAUCAAGGUGAAGAGGAGAGACAGAGGCUGUGAAUAAGGAAGCACACCAUGUGUGACUCAAUCACCUGCAAACAAAUCCAACCAUAAAGAUCCAGGUGAAGCUAGAAUGCUUGAUUGCCAUCUCAAGGCUUUAAAAGGGUCCCAAAUAAAGUAGAUUGCAGUUGUGAAGUUUUAGUACUAUGCUUCAAUGGUUAAAAUACUUUGUUUCUUACAGAGGUUUAAAGCAGUUCUGACUUCUGUCAAACUUUUUUUUUUUUUUACUGUUUUAAAACCUUAAUGAGCUAGCAAUAAUUGUAAUACUUUUAAACAGUCAGCUAAGUUGUACAAUCAUACAACAAUGGCAUGAAGUCGGGGAAACAAAGUAAUUCUAAGAUCAUAUUUUGAAUCCCUACCUGUGCUUCAGAUGCUAAACUUAGACUGAUCCUCCCCCAGUAAAUGGUAUGUUUAGUCCUUAUCGUCACAAAGGCUGGAAUAGUUGAUCUGACCCUCUCAAACUACUACAGGACUUUUGGAUAGCCUUUUCCCCCCUCCUGUAAUAUCAUCUCUCUUCACCACAGAAGAAUAGCAUGGUUCCCAUGGGAGGUCAUUUCAAAGAGGCUGAACCUGCAUUCACAAAGCUAGCAAGGUGGUGUGGAUUAGCUUUACAACUCAUUUUAGUAGGAGGAUUUGGUUUCUGCCAAACUGACUUGAAGCUACCACUGUCUAAGGGAAGGCUAAAAUGGUGUGCCAUAUAUAUUCCUUCCUUCACCCAUCCACCAUUGCAUUUAAAGACAUUUUUAUGUGGGACUCCAUGAGUAAACUUGAACACAUUGAAGUUUAUUAUGCAUAACAGAAUACUUUCUCAGUUAUUGUACAAUGUUUUUAUUGUAACAUGUUGAAUGUAUUCAUUGUGGUAAACAAACAUACAAUACCUCCUAGUGCCAUUAGGAAAGCUUUGGGAGUACUGGUCUCUCGUUACUGCAAGGUGCCUGUUGAAGCAGGAGUUUAAAGUGGGGAAAGUCCACCACACCAUCUAUCACAGAUAGUUCUCCACCAUGCUGUUUUAAAACAAUUAGUAUCACACAUACUCUCAGCUACCCCUGAGGUUUUGUCCUUGAUUCCACUUGUAAAUCCUGGUUGAUAAAAGUGGGUAGGUUACAGGGAUUUGGAU